UCGCUUCCCUCUUGCCGCCGUGGACUAGCCUUCUUAUCUUCAGCUGUCCCCGUUAGUCUACAAUGAUUCUCUUGGACGAGAUUGAUGUCAAAGAGAAGGUAAAGCGGGAGUCGCUACCACCCUACUCGCCCCGGCGAAGUCUUAGGAUUCCCAUUAUUGCGACGCCUCCAUCAACCGACAGCGAUCGCUCGUUCCCAAACACGCCUCAAGUCCAGUCGUUUCUUCAUCCUCGUUCUGCCUCUUGGUCAUCAACAACUUUUGGGCGGUCGCAAUCAUCUUUGACGCUCAAUAGCAACGCCUCUUCGCAGACGCUUCUUGCUCCGUUUCCUUCGCCACCGACGUCUGGUUCAAUUCCUGGGCCAUCCACAUCUCAGAUUUCAAUCCCAUACGCCGCCACUUUCCCUGUCCUUCCUGCAUAUCGUGCCUCUGCCCCUUCGCGAAUCAAAGCCUCAAAUAACGUCUAUAUUGAACGCGAGUGUGCCGCGAUCACAGGCACCUUCCUCAUUGAUCCUACCUUACAAGUGCCAGACUGUCUUCUCCCAGAUGAUCCAGGCGCUCUUCUCUUUUGUAAUGGAAAGAACAAGAAAAUCUCAAAUGGAAAGAAGAAACAAAAGAGAAAAAAUCUGUGUCUUGUGACAAGGACUGGGGAUAUUUCUGUUGACAUUUGGAUACGAGAGGGAUCAUCAAGGCGCGGAACUGGCAUGAGUAGGAAUGGCGGUGUUGAUUCUGUUCAUAGCCAUAGUGGCAGUAGUUCUCAUUCAAGUCGCAAUUCCCUGGAUUCUCAGGAGACCUCGGACUAUUGGAAGGAUUGGACAUCACCACCAUCUUCACAUCCAUGGCCAGAGAAACUUAAGUCUCGUGUAGAGAUUGACAUUCGUAGCGAGUCGGGUUCCAUCACUGUUCGAAUACACGCUCAAUCUCAUCAGCGGCUCCGAAUAAAUGCCACCUCAGUACGAGGGCCCAUCUCAAUCGGUAUCCCACGAACCUUCGUAGGUCAGGUGGAGUCAAAUAAGAAUCUUGAGCGUUCCGGCUCCUCUGACUCGAUGUCUUCCCUCUCCCUGUUGUCACCUAUAUCUUCGACGUUUCUCCCUGGUACUCCGACAUCGUGGAGCAACGAGAUUGAUAUAUUUAGUCUCCCUGGAAGUAGCUCGAGUGGAAGUUUGCUUGGAGGAGGUACCUCGGCAACACCGAUAACGCCUCGUCAGCCUGUGCAGUUCUCUUUGGAUAUGGAACAAUUUGUCACCCCACUUGCCGAGCACAAGAAAAGUGCACGGGGCCGAUAUCUUGUAGGGGACAGCAAAUAUUUUAAGGAACGACCAGAACGGUCCUUUGAUGAACUGCACCUUGAAAGCCGUACAGGUACGAUAGGCGUCUUCUACGACGACGAAGCACCGCAACAAAAAUCCGAUAGGCUCAUAGUAAAGUUAUUAAAUAAGGCGUGGUAGCCCUGCCAUGGGACCUUGACCUUUACGUUAAUUCUUAUCGAUUGCUAAAGCCUUCGUACUUCCGUCUAUAUUAAUUUUGCCGUUGCAUGAACACUGCAUUUGCCAUGCGUGUAUUAGUUCCGCAGCUCUGGACCUGUUCACUCGAUGUAUAAUUGACGAUUAUAUGCUUUGCACCGUCGUUUAUUCUUGUUUUAUUCUCCGCAGAGCCGACUUCCUUUCAUGGCUGUAUCUAUGUCACCGUGGGGUCUACAACCCACCUCUGAUUUAAUGUGUUGUUGUACAUCUAUUUGUAAUUUCUGCAUCUUUAGGAAUUUUGUAGCGUUCUUUAUUCGCAUGUUAACUCCAAGCAGACUCUUACUAUUCUACAUGAAGUUAC